AUGUAUCCAACACGUCAAGAAGGACUGGAAAACUGUGCACGAUCCAAAUUAUCGUACGAUCAUGUUGAAAUACGCGACGGUCAGCAGGAAGCUCAUUACGAUAUGCGCAGCUCUGUUAUACAGCGGCACACUGUUUUUUUGUCGAAGGAAAAUAAUGGAGAAAAUAACACGUUCAGACCAUUAGCUUAUCCCGGCCCUGAUUUGUUCUUGGAUUCUCGGUCUAGUCCUACGUACGAAAUCGUGUUUUCUAUUCAGUGUGUCACGGGAAUGAUUAUGUGCAGUAUCACAGUGCUUGCAUACAGUUUGGCUGCGACUUUCGUCACCCAUAUUUGUGGACAGAUUCAGAUACAGAUAGCAAGGCUACACGAUUUGGUAAAGAGUAAAGAGAGGGAGGAUGGUGGUCGUGAUCCUCUGUCGAUUAUCGUACACGAUCAUGCGGAAAUUUUAAGAUUUUCGAAAAAUGUAGAAGAUGCUAUGCGAGAAGUGUGUUUUGUCCAAAUCUUUGAGUCCACGAUGAACAUGUGUUUGCUCGAGUAUUAUUGCAUAAUG